GCAAGAUGGAGGCCGCGCCGAGGCCGUCGCCUGGGCCCGGAAAGCCGCCGCUCGGAGCGCCGAGCUGCGGCGCCUAGGCCGUGCCAGUCCCGGACCCACUGCUCCGGACCGGGCCCAGCUCCCGCCCGGCAGCCCGGCGGUCGGUCCCGGGCCGGCGGCCCCCGCAAGCCGCCGCCGGCCCCGCCCCCGGGCACCAUGCUGCCCUCGCAGGAGGCCUCCAAGCUCUACCACGAGCACUACAUGCGGAACUCGCGGGCCAUCGGUGUGCUAUGGGCCAUCUUCACCAUCUGCUUCGCCAUCAUCAACGUGGUGGUCUUCAUCCAGCCCUACUGGGUGGGCGACAGCGUGAGCACCCCCAAGCCUGGCUACUUCGGCCUCUUCCACUAUUGUGUGGGCAGCGGGCUGGCGGGCCGCGAGCUCACCUGCCGCGGCUCGUUCACCGACUUCAGCACUAUCCCGUCCGGCGCCUUCAAGGCGGCCGCCUUCUUCGUGCUGCUCUCCAUGGUGCUGAUCCUCGGCUGCAUCACCUGCUUCGCUCUUUUCUUCUUCUGCAACACGGCCACGGUCUACAAGAUCUGCGCCUGGAUGCAGCUCUUGGCAGCUCUGUGCCUUGUGCUGGGCUGCAUGAUCUUCCCCGACGGCUGGGACGCCGAGACGAUCCGGGACAUGUGUGGGGCCAAGACCGGGAAGUACUCCCUGGGGGACUGUUCGGUGCGCUGGGCGUACAUCCUGGCCAUCAUCGGCAUCCUCAACGCCCUCAUCCUCUCCUUCCUUGCCUUCGUGCUGGGCAACCGGCAAACGGACCUGCUGCAGGAGGAGCUCAAGCAGGAGAACAAAGAUUUUGUGGGCUCUACAGUAAGCUCUGUGUUGCGGCCAGGGGGUGAUGUCUCUGGAUGGGGAGUCCUCCCCUGUCCCGUCGCUCACUCACAGGGACCCUGAAGGCCGGGAUCACAGCCCAGGAGUUGACCUGCCCUCAGCUUGUCCUGUCUCCUGCCCUCUCAUCCCUCCAUUCACGCUCUGAGGGAAGACCCCGAUCUUGGACUGACCUCACCUGCUACCUGCCUGCUGAGCUCCGGGCUUUGAAGAGAGGCUGGGGCUGGGAUGCAGCCUGAGGGAGGGGAGAGGCCCUGCAGAGCCUGGGAGGGUCUGGGUCUGCACCUCCCUCCACUGACCUAAGGGAGACAGCCCCCAGUCCCUGGCCUCCUCUUCCCCUCC